AUGCCACCCGGAGGAAGCACGAGGGUUGGGAUACUUCCAGAUUGCCCAAGCAUAUACCGGGGGGAAGUCGAGAUGCGGCAGAGGUCGGGUUCAAACCACGAACCUCCCGGUCACACUGUAGCACCCUUUCGGUUCUUAGCUGCCAUGCCACCUGAGGGAAGCACGAGGGCUGGGAUACUGCCAGGUUGCCCAAGCCUAGACAGAGGAAGUCGAGAAGCAGUGGUCGGAUUCGAACCACGGACCUUCUGGUCAGUAAAUUGGUGCUCUAACCACUUGGUUCAACUCGCCCCAUCGUAUGGGAACAGCAACAUCAGUGUUGGCACGGAUGCUUCACUGCCGUACAACCAUAAGGUUCGUCCAUAUAUAUUAUACAUAUAUAAUUAUACUAAAAGCCCUACUGUGAAGAGAAGAGAGUGGUCUGGAAAGAAACUGAUUGCACGAACGCCACGAACAUCGAUUAGCGCCAUUUCUUGCAACGUCUCCAACCAAGCACAGACGGGGUCACGGGGACCCCAUCCUGGAAGGCGUACAGCACCAACAACACCCAAGCUCUUCGUGAUAUCUUUCAUGCCUUUCUGCCAAGUCAUGUGUUGUCCACCUCGCGGUUUGUGUGAUCCUGAAGGAGGCACGGAGGACAACACUCGUCUCGCCAGGUGGAAUUUCAGGGGAGGCGAGAUGGCUCAGUGGUUAGAGCGCGAAAUAACUCACCGGAAGGUCCGUGGUUCGAACCCGACCUCUGCCUCUCGACUUCCCCUGUCUGGACAGUAUUCCGUUCCUCGUGCUUUCUUUGGAUGGCAUGACAUAAGAAAACGAGGGCUGAAAUACUCCCAGGUUGCCCAGGCCUGGAUGGAGGCAGUCGAGAUGCCGAGGUUAGGUUCGAAAACCAUGGAACUCCUAUCAUUAGGUUCACAUCCUAACCACUGA